UGAUUUAAGACAGAAUUAAUUCAACAAUAACACAACAUAGAUAGACAUUGUUAUCAUGAAACAGACACACCUGUGUAGAUAUUACGGUCUACCUGUACGCAGAAUAGAUUAAUAGGAUUAAACUCAACAUGCCAGAGUCACCAAAGACGAGAGUGGACCUCCCAUCUGUUGGGAUGAGAGCUGUGGAUGAGAUAAAGUUGCGGGAAAUUAAAGUUGAGAUUUUAUAUGACAGGAAACGACAAGAAUUGGCUGUCGUGAAAUGAACAACAGAGAAAUGUUAUGAAAUCAGAUGUUUGUCAGGAAUCAGGAAUGUGGUUGAUCAUAAACACAGCACAAAGAUGGGCUCAUAAAACAUAGUCUCAAGGCAUAUCUUGAGUGUGUCUAGGCACAUGGAAAUAGAGAGUCUAACCCCUCAGUGACCUUAGUGACCUCUAUGGCGUGAAGGUAGUUUCUUAAUUCAGAUUUUGUCACAGACAUUUUCCGUUAUCUGCGGAUGUCCGCUACAGUGCGAUACCCUUUCGACGUCCGUAUGCUAUGUGUGUAGAUAGAGCCGAUGGUCAGCUCAGCACUAACACCGGCAGCGGAGGAAACAGCUGCUGCUGGCUCGAGCGCCAUCUUCCCCAGACAUGAUAGUGGUAUCGAUCUUGCUUAAAUCUCGGCAGAAAAAAAGAGAAUAAACGUAUUAUGAUGUCAUUUAUUUUUCUUUAAGCCGACAGGAAAUCGGACGAAAGCCUCCUAUCUCCUUCUCUUGCUGACGAGGACCACGAGAUACAGCGAAGAUAAGGCCCUGCAAGCCAGAUUUCCAGGCCAUCGAUCCCUCCAACCCGCUGUGUGACCUCUGAUUGAAAAGGGGAAAUUUCAAGAGGCCUCAGGGUAUUGACCGGCCUGCGUCAUGGCAGCCAUCGAUCUGGAGCGUGGGCUGGAACACAGCGGCCGGGCCUGGGGGAAGGAGAGGCCCGAGCUGAUGGACAACUUUGACUCAGAGAUGCAGGAGUGGGAGGACCAGCUGCAGGACAUCCAGCAAAAAAUCGAAGAGUUGUACAACGGCGUUCAGGCCCGCAGAGGGGCAAACGAUGUCACUACCGACAACCAGACAAAUGGCGGCCAGCUGGAGUGCGGCCUCGGGCGCCAUGGCGACGGCAAGAAUCACCCUGGAGCUACAACCGUGCCACACCACCAUAGUAACGGCUGUAACUAUAGCCCCGGCGGGUACGGCUACCCUGUGAGUCAUCAACGUGGCUACUGCCACGCCGACUCGGAGAUCGGAGACUUGCUGCAGGAUUAUUUGGGGCAGGGGCAGGAAAUGAGCCCGAAGAACAACGGAGCUCGCCACGUGCGCUUCAGUGACACACUCAAGGUGAGCCCGGCAACAGAGAUCAGAAAAAGCCCUGGAAGUGAAAGGCUCGGUCAAGAGCGGCUUCCGGCCAGUUUUGAGCAGACUAAAAACAAGAAGAACCAAGUGUCUCACAUGAAGAGCUCCCCCAACAAAGAAAACACAGGUGCCAAGCCCCCUCUUGGACAACAGGACGCCCCCGCCGUACAACCGCGCUCACAGCCGCCGGCCGCGCCGGCCGAAUCCCCCGCCCCGGACCGGAAGGCCUUCGGUCCUGGCGUCCUGGGAGACAGGAAGUGCGCCAGUCCCUCUGUCCUCAGGAAGUUCGGAGCCAUGCUUCAGGAGAACGAGGGGAAAAUGCUCAACGAAUCGGGCGUGGUGACCCAUCAGGGCCCGGUUCCAGAGCCAAAGUGCCUCACCCCUGCCUGUCAGCGCAGAGCUCUGGGAGCCACCGCAGUCGCCGGCAAGGCGCCCCUACGCGCGCCUGUCCAGAAAUGCCAAGCGGAUUCCGACGCGCUGACAGCCGAGACGGAGCCCGGCCAAGAAUGGGGGUUAGCUUCGGACUCUGGUCGACGGAACCACAAGGAUCACAGAGGAGCCUACGCCGGUCCAAAAGGGUCCCAGCGGGGGCCCCAGCAGUCCCAGAGGAGAUCUCAGGCGAGCCCGAAGAUACGACCCAGAGCCAACAGCGGGGCGGACAGAGACGGAGGACCGGCUCAAGGGGAGAGAGCGAGGAGGCCCGCUUGCCAACAUGUGGAGCCCAAAAUGGACAACGGGGUGUUAAGUGCUUCCGCUGGAGCUCAGAAGAACCACCGGGGCGGGUUAGCGGGACAGGAUGAAGGACUUAUUGAGCUGCUGGACAUGCUGGAGAUCCAACACGAGUACAGCUCCAGUCCCAGAGCUGGACACACGGCUUACAGACAGGACCCACGACAGGUGAACCCGGCCCAGCCGUCUCCGGACAAUCUCAACAGCAGCUUCUCUCGUCCCACGCGACCGGCCAACCAGCGACCUCCUUCUAGGUGGGCGGCCCGCACCCCGACGGCCAUCAUCACCUCCCCAUCAGGGCCAAUCUACUGUCCCACGAGCCCGCUGACCCGUCCCCGUAGCCCCAUGACCAGAACGCCAAGUCCCGCUCUGAAGCACCGGCCUCUCGUCUCCUAUUCUCUCCAGACUGAGACCGUCAUUAUGUGAUCCUCCCCUCUCUCUCUCUCUGUAAAUACUAAGGACCUUUCUGUGAAACCAAGUGCUUUAAGAGAAUUAAAUACAUGCUGAAUCUCAUCUUGAUGCCACGUUCAAGUUGGAAAAUAUAUAUAUAUAUAUAUAUCCACGACAUUCUCCAGUGUUGCUGUGGCUUUUUGCUUCGUCUGUGCUCAAACGUUUGCAAUACAUCAACGUAUUGCUUAGUUGCGGUUCCCCCCCCCCCCCCCCCCAUAUUCUUCUUUUUUUGUAUUAAAUUUCAGGUGUUUUAUGUAGAAUGAGAUUUCGCAUGCAGCCCUAGUGUGAGGGUGCAUGCUCAUGUGUUUAAUCCCACUGGUGGCCAGGUGAAAGUCAACCUGGCCACCAGUGGGAGGAGAUGGAGUCGCAACUCUGCCAACCGUCAACAACAGUGUGUUUUACUCGAUCAUAUUGUCAAAGUGAUAUAUUUAAGACGUUCAAAUAACAGCCGUGACAAACAAAUAUGAUGUGCCUUUAAUGUGUUUUUUCUUUCUUUCUUCAUCUUGUUAAUAAAUAUGACAGUGCUUUGA